AAGACAGCAGAGGAGAUAGUAGAACAAUUUUUAGAGUGCUCAUAAGUUUACUAGGUUAUCAUAUUAUGUAAUAAGUAUUAAUAACAAUAAGUAAUAACUAUUAAUUAUUACACAAAACACAUUAUAAAAUAGUCAAAAAUAAUGAAUCGAAGUUCCUUUAGCUCAUAGAUGGCGCUAAAAGUAUACUUCGAAAUGUCAAUUGAUAACUUCAGGUAUCAUUUGUAGAUAUUUUGUUGACGUCCUGAAAAAUUAGCGAUCACAAUUCACGAAUCAGUACUCCAGAGGCAUCUGUUUGGUGUUGUUAUUUUAUUUUGUGUUUUGUUUUUUGUGCUCAGAAUAUUAUUAUUAUUACUACUACUAUUGUUACUUUCUCUUUUUCGUUUGUUUGAUUUUUCAGUUUACGUACACAAUUAAAAUUUGUAACUGUGAAGAGCACAAUUUCACAGACAUCAAUGACUAUUUAAUAUUACUACAUUGUGCAGCCAAAGCAAAAGUUGUGUUGAGUACACAGGUAAAUAUUUUUCAAACUAAAUACCACCACGGUAGUAUCACAAUUUGUAUACAAGAUAUUACAUUUUAAAAUUGAUGAAUGAAGGUAUUAUUCAUACUAGAUACCUACUUACUACAUUACUUAAAAAAAAAAAAAAAAACUACUGAAAAAAAAUUAAUGUUUCUCAUUUAUUUAUAGUUUUGAGUAAUGAUAAAAAUGUGACAUACACAUUGUACAAAUUAUGAUGUUAUAAUAAAAAAUAAAUAAAUCAAUAAUUUUUAUUUAAAUCCAACCCAAAAUUUGUAAUAAAUACUUAAUUAUUUGAUUUUUUUUUGAUAUAAUAUAAUGUCAAUGCCACAUUCAAACAAAAAUGUUUGUAAUUAUGCAUUUGAUUAUUUAUUUUAAAGUACACAUUUGUCUUUAAUGUAUCCCAAAGUAACUAUUUGUGCAGACAAAAUAUUAAUGUAUUAUUUUUAAUAGGUACAAUUUUAAAAUAUCAGUGUUAACAAAUUUUAUUUAAGUUGUUAAUUAUUGAAAUUUUCAAAGCUUAAUUCAUAUUUAUAAUCUUAAUUAACCCGGUUGUUUUUCCAAUAUAAUUUAAUUUGCAUAGCAUUAAGCUUAGAUAAUGAUUGUCACACAACACAUGACAUACAAGUGACCUAUUUUUUUAUGGUAAUAUUUUAAAGUUAUGUAUCCUAUUAUAUGUACAUAUUGCUAGUAUAAAAAAACGGAAUAGUAUAUUUACUCGUGUUUGAUUUAUAUUUAUCUUAAGUAAGUUAUGUGUAUAAUUUUAAAGACUAGAUUAUUAUUUUUAGAUCUAUAAAUAGUAUUUAUUAACUUAUUAGUUUAUGUGAUUUAAUAUAGUCAUCUAACUAAUAAUAAUAAUAAUAUUUAUGAAUGCGGACAAAAAUUUCACUCGAGAUUUCAAUAUUAAUUUAAAAUGAAACAAGUUAAAGAAGUUCAAUAGAUACCAUUUGUAAAUAUUAUACAGAAUUAAUUUAUUAUUUUUGAUAAGUAUUGAAUAAUACAUUUUUUUAUAUAUGAGUAUAUCUUUAAUGAUUGGGUACCUAUAUAAAUAUAAUUUCAAUUGAUGAAUUAUAAUUAUGUAAAUGUAAUGUAUAAAUGCAUACAUUCAAAUAAAAUUGAUUUGUAUUUUUAUAAAUUUUAAAGCUAUUAUGUUUUCUUUGUAGAAAAUUAUAAAUACUAUUUAAAUAUUACCUACCUACUUUGCAUGCAUAAUUUAGUUUUAGUCAUAAUAUUUAUUUACUUUAUUUCACAACAUAAUGUGCAGUAUAUUUUAAUUGCUAAUCAGAACUUAUUUUACUAGAUGACCUAUUGUUUAAACGGGUUUGUUAAGAUAGCUAGAGGAUAUUAUUGAAAUGUUAAUGUUGAAAAAUUCUUAAAAUUUGUAUACAGUACUUUAACCAUGUAGCACAAUACACAAAAUUCCUACCUAACUAUAAUUUUGUUCUAAUAACUAGAUUAAUAUAACCUUAAAAAGAUAAUUUGACUAUUAAAAAUAUGGUUUUGAACCUAUAAUUCACUAUCUAUUAAAGGUACAUUACAUUACAUUUACAUGUAAAUUAUUACGUUACAUUAUUAGGCAUCUUAUUACAUUUUAAUUAGUUACAUCAAUUUUUGUAUGAGUUAAAAGAAAUUUUUUUUUGCUAGUUCUAUAAUCCUGUAUUACUAAUCUCAUAAUAACCCAUAGAGCUUUACAUAACAUACACUUUAGACAAAAUUACAUAUUAUAUUUUCUUUAACUCAAAAAUCAAUUAUUUUAUUUCUGAGUUUAUAAUUUUGGAGUUAUAAAUAUGCCCUAUAAUAUUAUUUAUAAAUUAAAUUACAUACUUACCUAAUUAUUAUUAUAUUAUUUAAUCAAUUAAAUAUUACAUAGUAGUCUGUUUAAACCAUUCAUUAUCUAUUAUUUAAUAGUACACAUUAAAAAGAAAUUGAUUUUAUAUUACUCUGCAAUUAUCAACUUGUUUCAUUUUCAAAACAAUUAAAUAUAGAUACCUAGUAAUAAUUUAUUAUAAAAUUAAUUUGCUUUAGUAAAAAAUAAAUUUUAUUUAAUUUCUGAUGAAUAUUAUCGUUAAGUUUUUAAAUUAAAUAUUUUGUUUCUAAGGAAGACAAAUUUGAUCUGAAUAGCUAUAAACAAAAAAAAACCUUGGUAAAACUACAAGGUUAGUGUAGUAGUGGUUUAAUGUAACCAAAGUCAAGUUUGUUUUUGAGUUUGGUUGUUUACCUUGUUGUAGGUAUUUAAGACAUAAAAUUUUAAUCAAAACAUACGAGUUUAUUUCAAGCAUUUUAUUAAGUUAAAUCUCAUAAAAAAAAAAAAAUGUGAGCUGCAUAGCCAAUUAGUCAAAUUUUUCUUCCAUCUAUUUUGUUAUUUUGUAAUUUAGAAAUAUAUUAUAAAUAAUAAAUAAUUAAACACUUUAAUAAUGCAAUUCUACAACUAUAUACUAUUAACAAAAAAAAAAAUUUAAUUUGAGUCUCAAAAUGUGUUUUAAACUAUUUAAAGUUCUUUAACAUAAUAUGAUAUUUUUAGAUUUUUGAGCAAUAUGGCAGAAGCUCAUUCAGCAGUUGCAUUUUCAUUUUCAAUUACUCAUGAAGGUUGGGAUGUUAAUUUUGAUCGUGAAGUGUUACAUUUAGUUUGGGCAUCUGGAAUUCGUUCUUGGAAAAAACGUUUAGCCAGAUUCAAAGUAAGAUUUUACUUUUAUACCUAUUUAAAUACAAUUGUAUGACAAGAUUUAAAGGUAAAGUUAAAAUGACUAUAAAAAAUAUGUAUAAAUAUUUUAGAAUAAUGUGCGAAAUGGAGUUUUUCCCGCACCAUUACAAAGUCUUUGGGCAAUGAUGGGCAUAGUACUCGCUCUUCGAUAUGCCAAUAAUAAUUUUGUAAAAUAUACGGACACUAUAUUACAAUACUUACCCGGGUGAGUAAAUUAAAUAUUUCCAUCUAUUGUAAUAAAUUUAAUACAAUUUUUAUUUUUUUAGGACAAACUAUGUAUGGCAAAUAAUUUCGUGUUUUAUUUUAUCAUUAAUUUUUUGGUUAAUUGUAAUUUAUAUAGUAAGAUACACAUUAAAACUUCUGUUGAUCUAUAAAGGUAUUUAUUUAAGUUCAUAUAAUGUACUAUAAUAUACAGGAUCUGACUGUGACAGGAUUAUGCAAAAAAUUCCAACAAUUUAAUAAUGAUUCUGAUAAAAAGCUUUAAUUGCAAAGUUCCAUUGUUCAUGACCUUGCCCCAACCACUACUUCACAUGCUAUCAACUCUGCCUUAAAUAAUCUCGUUUUACUGUCAGUUCUUGUAUAUAAUAUUUUAAUUUUAAUUUUAAUUAUACAUUUUUUAAAUAUUUUGUGUAUUUAGGAUGGAUGUAUGAAAGUAGAGGCGGUGGAAAAAAAGUGUCGUUACAGACCAAACUUUGGGGUUUAGGUGUAAAAUUACUUUCUUUAAAGAGUAAACCAUUACUUUACAGCUAUCAAGGUUCAUUACCAAAACUUCCAUUGCCUCCAGUUAAUGAAACUAUGAAAAGAGUAAUAAUCAUAUUUGUCAUCUUAGAUUGUUUAAUUACUUGUAUUAAUUACAUUAAUUUUAUUUAAUAUUACAGUAUUUGAAAAGUGUCCGUCCAUUAAUGAAUGAUGCUGAAUAUGAAAGUAUGGUAAAGCUAGCUAAUGAAUUUGAAAAUGGUAUAGCAGUUAAACUCCAACGAUACUUGUGGUUGAAAUCAUGGUAUUUAUAUAAACAUACACAUGUCAUAGAUUUAUGAGUAAUUUAAAUUAUAUUUGUAUAUUCUAUAAUACAUUAUAAGAAUAAAAAGAAAUGUAUUUAAUGUUACUAUUAGUUUGAAAAGUAAGAAAUGAAUUAUUUUAUCUUUUAGCUAUCAGUUUUAUUAGAUUUCUCAUUUUACAUGGUAUAGUAUAUAAUUGUUUAAUAACAAUUAAGUUAUUUAAAAAAAAAAAAUCUGAUAGAUAAAUUAUUAAAUGUAUUAUAUAUAUGAAAGUUAAAUCAAAAUACUUCAAUUAUGUUUAUUUAAUUGUCUAACUUGGUUAUUUAAAAUAAGAUCAUGUCAAGACUUCUUAUUAGAAAUUAUAAACUUUUAAUAUAUCAAAAUAAAACUCUUUAAAUAAAUAGUUUUUAAUUAUAAAAUAAUUGAAAUAAUUUUAGAGCUGAAACACUAGUAGAAUAAUUUUAUUGAUAAGUUGAUAAAUGUACAAACUAAUUUAAAUCAACAGGUGGUCAAGUAAUUAUGUAUCUGAUUGGUGGGAAGAAUAUGUUUACUUAAGAAGUCGUACACCUUUGAUAGUCAAUUCAAAUUUUUAUGGCAUAGACGCUAUAAUGUUGCAUUCAACACAUAUUCAAGCUGCUAGAGCUGCAAUGAUAAUUUGGCAGUGUUUGCAAUAUAGAAGAUUGAUUGAACGUCAAGAGCUUGAACCGGUAUUUAAAAACUUGAAAAUUAAUAUGUAUUAUAAUUUACAUUGCCUACAUGUCUAUCUAUCUCAUGAUUUAGAUCAGAAUUCAAGGAUUGGUUCCUCUGUGUUCAUGGCAAUAUGAAAGAAUUUUCAAUACCACACGUGUUCCUGGAGCUGUAAGCGAUAAAAUUAUUCACUACAGCGAUAGUAGACAUAUUGUAGUAUAUCACGCUGGACGAUAUUUUAAAGUUAUUAUAUAUUGUCAAAAUCGUAUUCUUCAUCCUUGUGAAAUAGAAGUGUAAAUAUUAUUUUUGCGUAUUAUUUAUAUUUUAAAUGUGCUAAACAAUUUUUUUUUCAUCAUUUAGACAAAUACAAUCAAUUCUUGACAAUCCAGAGAAACCGUACAUUGGAGAAGAAAGAGUAGGUGCUUUGACUGCUGCUGACCGGACACACUGGGCAAAUACACGUACUCAGUUUUUUUUUAAAGGUGUAAAUCGACAAAGUUUAGAUGCUAUUGAAAAAUCUGCCUUUGUGGUUGCAUUAGACAACGUUCCAUAUGAGUACAGCUCUGUAAGUUUUAUUUGAUUAAAUAUUGAAUGUCCUAAAAAAAUUAUUUAUUAAAUUUAAGUGGUUGUAUUUAUUUAUGUAGAUCAAAUUCAAUUUAAAAUUGGUAAAUCUUGGUGAAAUACCCUCUAUGAUUUUUUUUUUUUUUUUUUUUUUAUAACAAUGUUAACUAGGAAGAUUCAAAAAAAUUAGAUGAGUUUGGAAGAAUAUUAAUGACUGGUAAAGGAUAUGACAGAUGGUUUGAUAAAUCAUUUACCUUGUGUAUUGGCUCUAACGGAAGAGUAAGAACCUAUAUAUUUUUUUUAACUGCUUAAUUAUGAAUUUACUUAUAUGAAUUAGUAAUAACCAUAUUAUUUUUAGGUAGGUUUCAAUGCUGAACAUUCGUGGUAAGUAUUUUUUGUCUUAAAAUAUUAUCAAGAAUUCACUAGUUUAUGUAUGGUAUAUUUGAGAAGUGCUUCAGAUAAAUUUUAAAUAUUGUUUUGAAUUUGGAUUUAAUAAGCGUUGUUACAGGGCUGAUGCUGCCGUAAUGUCUCAUCUUUGGGAGUUCAUCAUUUUUGAUGAAGCUGCAAAAUCUGGGUAACUUAAUGGGUCUAACUGUUCUAAAAUCAUAAAGUUUUCUGUGUAAUACUUUAUAACUGCUUGCUGGGAAAAUCUUUAAAUUUUUUAAGGUCAUGGUACUUUCAAGAAACAACAUAAUACAAUUCUUAGUCUGGGAUGUUUGGGUAAAUUAAACAUGCAUGUCAUAAAUAAUAUUCAUAUUUACCAUUAUAAUUAUUUAUUAAAUUACAAAAUUCAAAACAUUAUCAUUGAGUUAUUAUUUAUAACUUCAUUGAUAUAUUCAAAUAUGAUGAAAAUGAAAACUAAAUAAAGAAGCUUUUGAUAAUUUAUAAUAUUUGGUUAUUGUGUUUUCAUUGAUGACAGGGCAGAUGCACCGGUUAUGGGUCAUUUAUGGGAACAUUUUCUUUGUGGCGAUCUAGUUGUGGGGUAAUGAAUCAUUAAUCUAUCAUAAUUUUCUAAUUUUACAAAUGUUAUUCAUUAUAAAGGAACCCAUUUAUUUGGUAUAUAUGUUACAGUGAAAGAUGUAAAUGCGGUUAAAGACAUAAUUUUUCUAAAUAUUGUUAAAUGUUUUAAUUGUAAAUAUUAACUACUUAUUGACGUAAAUUAAUGAUACUGAACUUAACUGUUAAGAAGGAAGAAUAUAAAGGUGAAUUUAAUUUAGGUAGCGAUAAACAUUUGCUAAUAAAAAACGAUUUGGAGCAAAGUUCAAUCAUACAUAUUUUAAAAGUCUAUAAUAUUUACAAUUUGAAAAUAAUAAAUGUUGUAAUUUUUCCCUGGUUUUUCCCAUUUAUUAUUGAAAUUUUUAAGAAAAUCAAAAUUUUACCUUCCUAAUGUACCAUCCCAGUCAGAUUUCCUUCAAAAAGUUCUAAACUUGAAAAUUUGAAAAGUUCAUAGACAAAAAUAGUACAGUAAAACCAAUACAACCCUCACUCCGAUUAUUUAAAUAAGAAAGCUAUUAUAUACAUAUAAUCAUUAUUAACCAACAAACUUGAUAAAUUAUUCAAUUUACCAAUUUACACCUUUUACUUUUAUAUACAUAUAUAUAUGUAUAAAUAAUUUCUUGAUUUACUAUUAACAUCAACUAUCAAUUAUCAAUUAAAUUAAAUGUAUUAAAGAAUAGCGUGUCUCAAAUAUCAAAAAUAUGUAUUUUAUUAUAACUUUAGGAUAGAUGGGUUUCUUAGUAAUCUAUCUUGAUAAUACACAUAUAAGGUAUAUGGUUACAUCUUAGGUACAUUAUUUCAUAUACCCUGUUAACAUUUUAACAUUACACACAUGUCUAACCAUUACAUAUAAACAGUAAACACAUUUCCGCAUUUCAGUAAUGAAUAACUCAUAACUACUAAAAUAUUAUGGCACAUUUAAUAUUAAUAGCAUUAAUUAAUUUACAUAAAGAUAUCAAACAAAUGGACAUACAAAAGGUGUACCUGAAUUCGAUCCACCUAAACCUAUUCGACUUCAAUGGAAUUUGGAACCGGUUUUAGAAUCUAUUGAUAAAUCAUAUCAAGUAACAUUUUUAAUAAUUUUGUUUUGUUUAGUUGACUAGAUUAGUUUUAUUGUUAUUCCAGGUUGCAUUAACUUUAGUGAACGAUAUUGAUCUACGUAUUUUAGAGUUCAGUGAUUAUGGGAAAGGAUUCAUGAAAACCGCUAAAGUCAGCCCUGACGCUUUUAUUCAAAUGGCACUUCAACUAGCAUAUUACAGAGUAAUUAAUAUUUGUUUAUCAAUAAUAUACUUCUCUUAUAUUAAAUUAAUUUAUCAAACUAAGUAGUUAAUAAAUAUGAUAAUCAAACGUUGAUAUUUUUCGUAGGAUGCUGGUAAGUUUAGUUUGACAUAUGAAGCAUCAAUGACAAGAUUAUAUAGAGAAGGUAGGACUGAAACUGUGAGACCUUGUACAUUGGAGUCAUCAGCCUGGGUGAAAUCAAUGCUUGAUCCAAAUGUUGAUGUUAGCUAAAUUGUUGAUAACAUUUAAUUUCAAUUGAUGAUGAUUUUAAUUUCAUAUGUAUGUAUAGUUAAAUAAACGGAUUUGCUUAUUGAGAGAAGCAUGUUCAACUCAUCAAAGAGGUUACCAAGAUGCAAUGUGUGGAAAAGGAAUUGACAGGCAUUUGUUUUGCUUGUAUGUAAUUUCCAAGUAUUUGGAAGUUGAAUCACCAUUUUUAAAUGUAACUAUUAAUUAAAACUAGUUAAUGAAAUUUAAGGAGCAACUCAUUUGCAACAAAUUUUGUAACCUAUAAUUUAUAUGUUACAUUUUUGAGAAAGUUAUGUGAAUAUUAUCAUUAUGUAUUGUUUAAAAACAAAGAUAAUUUCUUAAAUUUGAUUUUGCAAUUAUAGUUUUAAAAUAUCUUUAUUUUUUCAAACUAUUCAUGUUUUAAUAGUUCUUUUUUCUUUUUUCAUACAGAAAGUAUUAAGUGAACCAUGGAGAUUGUCAACUUCACAAACACCUCACGGACAGACUACUCAGUUCGACUUGAGAAAAUAUCCAAAUUGUAUAUCUGCUGGCGGCGGAUUUGGGCCUGUAGCUAAUGACGGGUAUGGUGUUAGUUACAUAAUAGCUGGGGAGAAUUUAAUUUUUUUCCACAUAUCGAGCAAGAAAAGUUCCCUCCAUACUGUAAGUAUACUUUUUUUUAAAUGUUAUUUUUAUAUUGAUUCUCAUUGUACUGUUCUAAAGGAUUCAAGUAGGUUUGCAGUUCGUAUCAAGGAGGCUCUAAGUGACAUGAAAUCUUUACAUAAAGAUUGGGAAAAAAAUAUGAAAAAAUCUAGCUCAUAAUGUGACUGCAUAGUGUAUAAAAUAGUAUUUUGAUUUAUCAAUAGUAUUAAUUGAAAAGUAUGUUAUAAUAAUAAUACCUCAAAUGGUAUUUAAUUGAAAUCUUAGACUUGAUUUGUUAUUAAUCAACGAAAUUUGUAUUCUUUAUGUAUUAUUUUCAUUAACAAGUAUUUUAUUUUUAAUAACUAUUUUUUAAAACAUAAAAUGUGUUUUGUGAUUUGGUGGUAUUCUUAUUAGUUGUUAUUGACAAAAAACUAAGUUUAAGUGUCGAUUAAAAAUGACUAUAAAUUACUGUUAAAUUUACAAUGAUGUUAAAGUUUAUAAUUUAUUAAUAAGUGAUAAAAAUAUUAUUAAGACAAAAAUUUGUUUUUACUUAAAUACUUCAUGUUUAAUUGUCAUCAAAGCCAACCUUAAGAUUUGCAAGGCUCAUGGCGAAAUUUGAAAUACUUUCAUUUUUAUUAUACCUAUAAUUCAAUUUGUUUGGACACAAGGCUGGGCUUUGGCUCUUCUCCCCCCCCCCCUUUUAGGACAACUUUAAUUGUCAUCAAUUUGUUAAAUGAAAUAACUGCUACUUUGUUGAGCACAAAUGGUCUUAUGGAAUUUUAUCUUCUGAGUGAAAGGAAGAAUGUAUUGGUUUUUCCAUGAUGUUUAUUUUUUUAUAUAUAUAUAUAUAUACUGUGACAAAAAUGUUGUCUAUAUGGUACUAUAGGGAAGUAGUGUUUUGAUUUUCUCAGCGACUUUCAUAAUAUCUGAAAACCCGAGAUGAAACAUAAGAAAAAUGGG